AACAGCGUAAUGGACGGGAAAUGGAUAAAAUGUUUCAGAAACGUUGACGUCACGUCGCCUUUUUCAUCCGGGUCACUGUCUUCACGUUGAAGCAAGCAUGGCAGCGAAAAAUAAGCAUCGCAAAAAAUCAAAAGUGCCUUUUCAGCUUGAAGAAAACGACCUGGAGGCUGAAAACAGCAGCAGAGAUGAGGAUAAAGAUAAAGACAGGCCCAAGAAAGUUGAAGAAGAGUUCAGUCUGGAGGAGGUUUUACGGCUCGGAGGAACACAGGCUGACUACAUCCUCCUCGCCAGCCUGGACGACUCCAAUGAACUUGUCGAUGGAGGAAAAAAAGGAGCCAUAGAUGAUCUAGAGGAGGGUGAGCUGGAGAAUUUCAUCACCAAACUGGGCAUCCAGGCAUUCGCUGGGCAGCAGAUCAUUGCAGACAAGCCUGAGGGCAACAAUGAUGCACACAUGAAGGAAAGUAAAAAGGCCAAAACCAAGAAAGCUUUGGCAGAGGAACAAGUAUCUGAUGCUCCGGAGAAGGUUAGCAGUGAUCUGGGAAUGGAGGACAGACAGAAGGCGAAGAAGGCAAAAGAUGUUCAGAGAGUUGCUGGGAAAAAGGCAAAACAGAAUGCAAAUGUGUUUGAGUUUCAGCAGAGGCAGGUCCUGCUGAUCAAACCUGGGGGGAAAUGGUUUCACCUAGAAUACACAGCCGAGGGCUCAUCAACACCACAGGAUCCCCAGCUGGUCUCCCAGUACAAGAUGCUUGCCCAGCAGCUGUUUGAGGCUGAAGUGGAACUCUACAAGACCAAGAAGAAUCUGCAGAAAGGAGCCAACUCCACCUGGAUGAAGACGGUUGUCUCCUCAGGUGUACUGGCUGACAGGAUGGCAGCCAUGACUGUUCUGAUCCAGGAUGCCCCAGUGCACACGCUGGAGCAUGUGGAGAACCUGGUGAGCAUGGUGAAGAAGAAGGGCAGCCGACGGAUGGGUCUGAUGGCUCUGGACACACUGCGAGAGCUACUGCUCUCUGACCUGCUACCGGAGGACAGGAAGCUUCGCCCCUUUGCGCAACACCCAUUCGACCUGCUAGAGGAGAAGGCCAGCGGCAACCGUGAUGCACGAGACCGCCGCCUUGUCCUCUGGUACUUUGAGCACCAGCUAAAGCACCAUGUGGCCGAGUUUGUGGCAGCUCUGGAUGUGGUGGCUCAUGACACAGUGGCGGCCACUAAAGCAAAGGCACUGGCCACUGCCCAGGAGCUGCUCUGCAACCACCCGGAGCAGGAGAGGGCGCUGCUCAUUCAGGUGGUCAACAAGCUGGGAGACCCUGAGUACAAAACAGCAGCUAAAGCAUCGUACCUCCUAGAGACACUGCUGCACAAACACCCCAAUAUGAAGGUGGUGGUGUGCUGUGAGGUGGAGCGGCUCAUGUUCCGGCCCAACAUCAGCACGAAGGCACAGUAUUACGCUGCCUGCUUCCUCAGCCAGGUCAAGCUGAGCCACAGCGAAGCUGAGCUCGCCGCCAAACUCAUCACAAUCUACUUCACAUUUUUCCGUGCCUGCAUCAAGAAAAAGGACGUGGAGUCUAAGAUGCUGAGCGUGCUACUGUCAGGUGUGAACAGGGCAUAUCCCUAUGCCAGCACUGGAGAUGAGAAGGUGAGGGAGCAGCUGGACACGCUGUUCAGAGUGGUUCACGUGGUGAAGUUCAACACGGCCGUGCAGGCACUCAUGCUGCUGUUCCAGGUGAUGGACUCCCAGCAGAGCAUCUCCGACCGAUACUACGUUGCACUAUACAGGAAGAUGUUGGACCCUGGACUAUUGUCGUCUUCCAGGCAGGGCAUGUUCCUCAACCUGCUGUACAAGUCUCUGAAGGCCGACAUCGUGCUGCGGCGCAUCAAAGCCUUUGUGAAGCGACUGCUGCAGGUCAGCGCCGAGCAGAGCGCCAGCUUUGCCUGUGGAGCGCUCUUCCUGGUGUCAGAGGUCAUGAAGACCAAGCCUGGCCUCAAGAUGCUGCUGCGGGGUGACGGGGACGGAGAGGAGGAGAACUUCAGAGAUGUUGCUGAAGAGGAGGAUGAUGAUGACGAUGAUGAAGAGGAGCUCUAAAACCGGGCCGAUAAGCUGGAGGAUGGAGUGUGUGCCGAGCCACAGAAGGCCAAAGCUCCAGCAUCAUGGGUGCAUCACCAGAACCUGGAAGGAAGGAAGAGCACGCAGUGCUACGACCCUCUGCACAGAAACCCGCUGUUCUGCGGCGCUGAUCACACAACUUUGUGGGAACUACAGAGGCUCACUCUGCACUUCCACCCCUCAGUGUCACUGUUUGCAAAAACAGUCCUUCAGGGAGGGUUCAUCCAGUACUCUGGAGACCCUCUGCAGGACUUCACCCUCAUCCGCUUCUUGGAUCGAUUUGUCUUCAGAAACCCCAAACAGCUGAAGGGAAAACAGAACACAGAUGCAGCUGUGCUGAAGCCCAGGCAGAGGUUACCUGCCAGCUCCUUACCAGUGAACUGUGAGGAGUUUCUGUCCAAAGACGAGAGUCAGAUCCCGGUGGAUGAAGUCUUCUUCUAUCGCUUCUUUAAGAAACGCCAGCAGGAGAAGCAGAGUCGUCGCCCACGAGGAGACGGCGACGACGAGAGCGUGGAGGACGUAGACGAUGAAGAGUUUGAGAAAAUACUUGAUUCCUGUGAAGGAGACUCCUACUUCACUGACCUGGCAGAUGAUGAUGAUCUGGACUUUGCAGGGAACGUGAAGGGGAAGAAAGGUAAGAAGGACGCUGAGGAGUCUGACAUGGACUCAGACGUGGAUGACCUGGAUGAUGAGGAGGUGUCUCUGGGCAGCAUGGACGAGGAAGACUUUGGAGAUGAGCUGGACGAGGAAGGAGGGAUGUUCAUUGAGCCUGACGGAGAUGGAGACGACGACGAUGAUGAAGUGCCUGAGCUGGAGGAUGACAAUGCUGCGCUUGGCGAUUCAGACAAUGAGGCGGAGAUUUCGGACAUCACCCCUCGACCCAAGAAGGGGAAGAAGAAGAAGUCCUCGGAGGAGCUCGAUGUCUUUGGGUCUUUAGGUUCAAAGCAAGAGAAGAAAAAGAAGAAAGGAAAGAAAGACUCAGCCGUGUUUGCUUCUGCUGAGGAGUUUGGCUCCCUGUUGGAUGAGAACGCCGGCUCCAAGUUUGACAACAUCGGGCUCAACGCCAUGGCCAACACUGACAGAGCAGGUCUGAAGCAGCUGAAGUGGGAGGCUCAGCGUGACGACUGGAUCCAUGGCCGUGAUGCCAAGACGCUGCGCCGGAAGAAGACCAUGUUCAACAGGAAGAAGAGGUUCAGCCAGACCAGGCCAGGAGGCAGGACGUUCGGGAGCAAGAAGAGGAGGAAGUAGUUGUUGGGCCC